UCGAGAUCAAAAUAGACAAAAUGGCAGAUCCAAACACUGGAGAACACGUGAAGACUCCAAAACACAAACUAACUCUGCACGAACGUGAUCAAGAAAGGCGAUUGAUUGUAAUAUUGGAAAAUGCUUCAUUAGAGACAGCAAAGGUUGGAAAACAGUAUGAACUGCUUAAUUGUGAUAAACAUAGGAGUAUCAUGAAGAGAUUUAAAAAAGAUCCAUCAACAUGUAGACCAGAUAUCACUCACCAGUGCUUAUUAAUGCUUAUGGAUAGUCCUCUAAACAGAGCUGGUUUAUUACAAGUUUAUAUCCGCACAGAAAAACAUGUGUUGAUAGAGGUCAACCCUCAGACCAGGAUACCUAGGACCUUUGAUCGGUUUUGUGGACUUAUGGUUCAACUUUUACAUAAACUCAGCAUCCAUGCAUCAGAUGGCCCACAGAAGCUUCUGAAAGUUAUAAAAAAUCCUGUGAUAGACCAUCUUCCCACUGGCUGUGAAAAGAUAAAGAUGUCCUUCAAUGCAGACAAAAUUGUUGAUGCGGAGGAUUUGGUCCCCGAUAAUAAACCUGUUGUGUUUGUUAUUGGUGCUAUGGCUCAUGGAAGUGUAAAUGUUGACUAUACUGAGAAGGAAUUUUCUAUAUGCAGUUACCCCUUGUCUGCAGCUUUAACUUGUGCAAAAGUGUGUACUGCAUUUGAAAAGAAAUGGGGAGUGAAAUAGUGCCACUGCUGUUACUUUGUAGACCAUCACAUAAUGUGCAGGAAUUUGACUCAAGAUGGCUGGUGUGAACUGUAAACCAUUAUCAAUAAGACCAAUUUGUUUAGUUAUGUAUAAGGCAAAAACCUGAGACUUGUCAAAUUUUAGUCUGGGUAUUUGUCUGAAUACAAAUUGCUUUACAAUUUUUAAGACAUAAGGUGUGUGCUGCACUUUUAUAAGAGAAAAUCCUUGGAAUUUCAACGAUGUACCCUUUAUCACCAAGGGAUAUCUUGUCCAAAACUGUUGAGAAAAUUUGAUCUAUAGAACUUUUUGAAUCAUUCAAUUUCUUUUUUUAUUAUUUUACUGUUGUUGCUAGCUGAUAAAAUGUGGAAUGUUGAAAUUUCCAGUAAAAUUAUUUUUGCCACA